UCCCCCAAAUACCCGAUCCACGAAAACCUUUCCACCACGGGCAGCAUCUUCAACGAGACCCUGUUCAACAAGCCGCGAAUCAGACCCAUCAUCAAGACCUUCACCACGAUUGAUGCCACUACCAAUCGGGCUACCACAUACGACCAGGCCAUCACGACCACCGUUGCCGCAGCCAACCAAGCUGCCUCCAACGACCAGACCUUCGCGGUCACCAAUGCCAGCUAG